UCCUGUAAAUGAUGUUUGAUUUAUUAUAAGAAUUAUUAUUUUUAAAAAAUACAUGUUAUCAAAUAAAAUGGGAAUAGUAAAACAAGAAAUACAUCGGCCAGGUGCAUUUAAGCAAAUCAAUAAAUCACAUAAAACAGGUAGACAUCGUAGUAAAGGUUCAAUAAGUAGUGAUGCUAAAGGAAAAGUUGGAAUAAAGAUUUUGUCGAAACGCGCUACUAAAAAUCUUGGAAAAAAUGCCCGUAGACUUCAAUCUUCCCAAAUUAGAAAAAACAAGAGAGAAGAAGUGUUGCAGCAAAAAAGAAAUUUAGGUGGCAUUCAUUCUGCACCUUUUCUUAUAUGCAUUAUUCCAUUACAAGAAGACUUACAUAUUGAAAAUAUAUUAUCAAUAAUAACAAAAGCAGAUGAAUCUGCAACUGUCAUUAAUAGUCCAUGUGGUACAACACAUUUAAGUAUACCAAGGUUUAAACAACGUUUUUCCAUUGUUGUACCACCAGUUGGUAACUUAUUUGCAACAUUAGACAUAGCAAAAAUAGCUACAACUGUUCUUUUUGUUGUAUCUGCUAUAAAUCAGUCUAAUAAUAGUCCCAGAGUUGAGGUAAUUGAUAAUUGGGGUAAAGAAAUUAUUAUGCCUUGUGUUGCUCAAGGCUUGAGUACUCCCAUUGUAGCACUUACAAAUGUUGAAAGUCUUCAUAUAAAGAAACGACAAAAUUAUAAAAUCCAUGUGCAAUCAGAAAUUUCAAAGUGGCUUCCAGAGGAGAAAGUUCUAGAAUUGGAUACAUCUAUUGAUGCUUUUAAUAUUUUACGACGCAUUAGUAGCCAGAAACAAAGAACUGUAUCUUACAAGAAUAAAAGAGCACAUUUGUUAGCAGAAGAAGUGAAGUUUAAAUGUAAUGAAAACUCUACAGAACUUGGAACUCUUAUGAUCUCAGGAUAUCUUAGGGGUGUAUCAUUAUCAGUCAAUGGUUUAAUACAUAUACCAGAAUUAGGAGAUUUUCAAAUGUCACAGAUAGAUGCUCCCGAAGAUCCUUACCCAAUAGAGAAAAAAUUAAGAAAACAUUGUAAUGCGAUGGAUGAUGAGCCAACCAUCCGAGUUCUUGAACAUGCAGAUUCAAAAAAACAAGAAUCUCUUGAAAGUGAAAAUAUUCCUGAUCCUAUGGAUGCUGAACAAACUUGGCCUACAGAAGAGGAACUAGCUCAAGCUAAAAGUACUCAAAAAAGAAAAAUUGUAAAAAGAGUUCCAAAAGGAACUUCUGAAUAUCAAGCAGCUUGGAUUCCUGAUGAGGAUGGAGAGGAAUUGAGUGAGUAUUCAAACGAUGAAUCAGAAGACCAGAUGUCUGUUGAUGAAGCAAAAUCUCAACCAGAUAGUGAAGUAGAAGCAGAUGAAGACGAUGAAGAAUACGAGACAAUUACUGUAUCCGAAACUCCCGAUGCACGAUAUGAUCAGAAUGUUGAUAUGACGGAAGAGAAAGAAACAAUGGAAAAGUUGAAAUGCGCAAAAUUAGAUGCACAAUUCCCUGAUGAAGUGGAUACACCUCAAGAUAUGUUAGCAAAAGAGAGGUUUCAGAAAUACCGAGGACUUGAAUCAUUUAGAACAAGUCCAUGGGAUCCAAAAGAAAAUCUUCCUAUUGAUUACGGUAGAAUAUUUCAAUUUGAAAAUUUUGAUCGAACUCGGAAACGGAUAUUUAAAGAAUCUCAAGAAAUAGAAGGCGCCAUGCCUGGUUGGUAUAUCACAAUUCACGUCAUGAACGUUAGGCAAGAUCUUUUUAUCGCAUCUUGUGCAUUGGAAAACCAUCCAUUAAUUGUAUUUGGUCUAUUACCGAACGAGCACAAAAUGUCUGUAUUAAAUUUAGUAUUAAAACAUUCCAAUACUAGCCCACAACCAGUAAAAUCUAAGCAAAGAUUGAUAUUUCAAUGCGGAUUCAGAAGAUUUAUCGCAUGUCCAAUAUUUAGUCAACAUACAAAUGGAAGCAAACAUAAAUAUGAACGAUAUUUCCGACCAGAAAGUAUUGUUGUAGCAAGCAUGUAUGCUCCAAUUACUUUUCCACCAUGUCCAGUUCUGUGUUAUAUUGAAAAAUUAAAUAAAUCAUUGGAAUUAAUUGCUACUGGAAGUGUAUUAUCUGUAAAUCCAGAUAGAAUAGUUGUAAAACGUGUUGUUCUCAGCGGUCAUCCGUACAAAGUACAUAAACGAUUAGCAGUUAUAAGAUUUAUGUUUUUCCACCGUGAAGAUAUAAAUUGGUUUAAGCCAAUUGAAUUACGAACAAAAUAUGGUCGUAGAGGACAUAUAAAGGAACCAUUAGGUACUCAUGGUCAUAUGAAAUGUGUAUUUAAUGGUCAACUGAAGUCGCAAGAUACGAUUUUAAUGAAUUUAUAUAAACGAGUAUUUCCAAAAUGGACAUAUGAACCUUUAUUACUAACAGAGCUACAACAUCAGAAUGAUAGCAUGAAUGUAGAAUAA